AUGGGCAUCUCUCGGGACAACGGGCACAAGCGUCGCAAGACCAGGAGUAAGAAAAAGCCCUACCACAAGAAGUGGAAGUAUGAGCUGGGACAGCCUGCGGCUAACACCAAGAUUGGCCCUCGUCGCAUCCACAUGAUCCGUGUGCGAGGAGGCAAUAAGAAGUACCGUUACCGUGCCCUGAGAUUGGAUGUAGGGACCUUUUCCUGGGGUUCUGAGUGUUGUACUCGCAAAACAAGGAUCAUUGAUGUCAUCUACAAUGCAUCCAAUAACGAGCUGGUCCACACCAAGAUUCUGGUCAAGAACUGCAUUGUGCUUAUUGACAGCACACCAUACCGACAGUGGUACGAGUCCCACUAUGCACUGCCCCUGGGUCGAAAGAAGGGGGCCAAGCUGACUCCUGAGGAGGAAGAAAUAUUAAACAAAAAAUGA